ACUACCACUACUACACUCCCAACUACAGCUCUGAUUAAGACUACUACUACUACAAAACCCCAAACUACAGCUCUACCUUUCCAUACAACGACUACUACACUACCCACAGCAGCUUUACCUUUCCAUGCUACUAGUACUACUGCACCAUCCACCACACCACUACCUUUAAUUAGUAGCAGCACUCCCCUUAGUAAGCUACCUCUGCAGUUCUCUUUUCUAGUGGACCCACCUGUUCCUUCAUGUCAGGAAGGACUCUACCUGCCUCAUCUUGUGGCUCCAACACCUAGACACGGAGAACGCAUUGUGGCUGAGGUUCAGAAAGAACUGGAGAUCAGAGUCAAAGCACAGGCAUCACACUCAAUUAUCCAAAACAUCAUCUUCAGCGGGCCAUCGAAUGUCACCAAGCACAGGGACAUUAACAGUGAUUUUGUCAUCAGGUGGACACCAGUUAAAGAUGAUCUUGGAGGUCAUUUUCCGAUCUGCUUUGCUGUGGAAUCACAGAAUGGGUCAUCCGUCUAUCAGUCUGAGAUGAGGUGUGUUCUGGUGGAAAUUCGAAAAGAGCAAAUCAAAGCCCAAGUUACCUGCACUGAAACAACAAUGAAGGUGGAGGUUGAAAAGCAAUCCUUCUUUGGACUUCAGGAGGAUCAUCUUCGCCUUAGCGACCCCAGCAACACCAUCUGCAGCCUUGAAAGGAACUCCAACAGUAGCCACAUAGUCGCCAUCAUUCCUCUCAACGGCUGUGGUACUCAGAUCGAGGAAGACGACGAUUACCUAAUUUUUAAGAAUGAGAUCACAACAGUGGAGGACAACCCAACGGAGCUGGUCACCAGGAAACACUUGGUGGAGGCCCGUUUCUACUGCCAAUACCCCAAACGGGGCAAUGUGACCCUAAGCUUUUCAGCACACAGAAAGAACGUCACAGUUUGGGAGAGAGGUUUUGGCACGUUCAUCUACCAGUUUGAGUUCUACCAGAAUGACCAGUUUGGAGCCAUGUUUGACCCAAACUCCUACCCUCUGGAGUUUGACAUUGGAAACAGGAUCUACAUGCAGCUGGAUGCCAGCUCCUCUGUCAACAACACUGAGAUGUUUGUGGAGUCCUGCAGAGCUGCACCGUAUGACAACCCAAACUACCAUCCGACCUACUCCAUCAUUGAGAACGGGUGCAAAGUUGACCCAACUUUGCAGAUUUACUCCACACCCCAAAACAGACAAUUCAGGUUCAGCAUGGAGGCCUUCAAGUUCAUUGGACUGCAUGAUCAGGUGUACAUCAGCUGCACAGUCAUGAUGUGUGAGGCAGGAAAUCCCAACACCAGGUGCUCUAAGGGAUGCAUGAACUCUACAAUGACUCACAGCCCUGUUCGUAGAAAGAGAGAGGCUGUGGUCCAGAGUGGAAAGCAUUUGGUUUCCCAGGGUCCACUGCGUCUGCGGCGUGAAGCAGACCCCAAAGGAGGCUCAGCACCAAAUCUAAACCUGAACCUGGUAUUUGUUGCUGGAUGCCUUCUUGUUGCUGUUGGGAUGGUCUGUGGCGUCCUCAUCUUCAAAGCCAAAACCUCCAGGGUCAAAUAUCAACCUCUGCCCUCAUAUGAAAACUAAACCACCUGCAUCUGUCGGGCUGCUUUCUGGGGUUUUGGGAAUGUGGGAUUCUUUAUGAAGUUAUUUUAAUAUCUAAUAAAGGCUACAUUCACACUGCAGCCUGAAGUGACCCAAAUCCGAUUUGCAUGCCCAUAUGCGACCUGGAUCUGAUCUUUUCAUGGCAGUCUGAACAACACAGAUCCGAUUUUUUUCUAUCCAACCCAGGCCACUUGACUAUGUGGU